AAUAGUGCUCCACAUAUCCCGCCUACGUCAUUAAAAAGCCGCAAGAGACUAGAUACCCCUACCCCUACCCGGUCGCGAAAUCAGAAGUGCGCGGGCCGCGGAUAGCACGUCGGAGCGGCUUUUUCUCUCUCACAGCGCAGAGGCAGCUAAAUAGUUAUAGGUUCUUAGUACUUUUCCACCGCGAUUCGCGAAGGACACCGCCGUCAAGAGGAGGUGCGCGCGCUUUAUACUUACUUUGAGGUUAUAGAGACGACAGAGUCAUCGUCGGUCAAGGAUAAGCCGUUACACAUCAGCGUCCGUCCCUGCGAGCGGUUGGUUGCGCGAAAAGGUAAUCGCUACAGCUUCUAUGCUUGGCUCACCUGUUAAAAGGUGAGCAGAUUAGAGCUUUGCAAUAGCGGAUUGUGUUUGGGUAUCGUAUACAGAACGCGAUCCUGGACUGGAGUAGCAGUACCUUCGAUUCGACGGCUAGUAGCGAGAAACGAGCCAAGAUGAGCGACGAGAUCACCAAGGAGUCAACUCAGACUGUUGAGCCGUCGGCCAAUGACAUCGAGAAGCUGGAGGAGGCAAAGCUCAAGGCCAAAUUUCCAGCUGUGGGAGGCAAACCCAUCAGUGGGCACUCUGCGUUCCUGCAGAAGAGGCUAGCAAAGGGACAAAAAUUCUUCGACUCUGGAGACUACCAAAUGGCCAAACAAAAGCAAGCAGCCAAGCCUAAGCCAGCUGGAGUUUUGCCAACUGGCGACGCCAUACCUACACCCGAAACUGUGCCACAGCGCAAAACUUCAAUCAUUCAACAAAAAUUCAACACGUCAACGAGUACCUCAUAAAGUUUUUUUACUUAAUCGUGCCAUUGACGGACGUAAUCGCGUUAAAAAUGAUUAAAAAUAACGUCCAACUCGUUAAAGUCUGGGUGCCUGAAUGUGAGAAUCACGUGGAAGAAUGUGAUGCACUUUGUUGAUUCUCAAUGAUUUUCCGUUAUACAUGUAGACGCAUAGUGCUCUGUAACAAUCUUUUUUUUACACCAUUAAUUUUAAUAUUGUAGGUACGGAAGUGUUGAACAUCCAACCGAUAUUCCCUUAUUGGUGGCUUGACUUAAAAUUUCUGCUUUGCUACUCUGUAAAAUGUCCAACAGAUUGAUACGGAUGAAAUCACCAAUCUGAUUCCACCAGUAAGAGUUAUGAGGUUAUCCAGAGCACUUGUUAAACCUAAAAGAGUCCGUGUACUUUAUUUAUUUGAAUUUUUAAAAAUCCUUAAGCAUUAUAUAAGUAAAAAUUAUAAGUCAAGGCACUGCAGAGAGGGCACCAAUAUGUCAGAUUUUUAACAUUUCUGUGAAGAAAUAGGCAUAGGUAACCAUAUUUUAUUUAUAAUUCCUAGUUUAUCUUCCAAAAAAUAUGAGUCUCUGAAUAUUACCAGUGCUUUGGUUAAGCAUUUAAAAUUAAGAAAACAUUGUAGUAGGAGCCCUUACUGUUAGUUUUUUCUUUUUCUUUUAACUAGAAACUAGAACAGGGAACAAACGAAAUGUAACGGAAAAAGAAUAAAUGGUUAGGACACCUAUUUAUUUCAUUAUAACCUUAAAGAAGCAAUCAAACUGAAUAAUGAAAUUCAAAAAGCCAGGAUAGAAGUGUAGUAAAGAUCAGCCGCUAAGAGAAACGUUACAACUUGCUGUAACUCACACAUACUGUACAAGAUUAUUCGCAUGUGCAUUUUGAAAAUUCGCUGUGAUGUGCUUAGUGAAUCUAUUUUCGUAUAAGAACUCGAAAUGUGAAAAAAUAUCGGAUAUCAUCUUUUCAAGUAUUAAGUAAUUGUAAAACGAAUCACAGUUUCGGUUAUUGUAAACUACAUUUAGUAAUACACUAUAAUUAAAACAUACUCGUUUCAUUUCUUACCUUAUUAUAUUGUAACAUAAAAAUGAUUCUAAUAAUGAACACAAAAUAUUAUGAUGAUUAAUUUAUUUAAUAAAUGUAAAGAGAUUUUAAAUCCCUAA